AUGCCAUGGCAUCAUCCCGACGCUUGCCUAGCGAUCUGUGCAGGCAGGAACGACCACUGUCAGAUCUUGCUCACGGAAGCCGCUCUCAGAUCUUUGAGGUUUCCAGCCUUGUUGUCCGUUCUCAAAAUUCAGGAGAGUGAAGAGUCCAUCGAAAGCUUGAAAGUAGUACUAGUAGUACAGGGAGUAACAGAGAAAUCCCUCUCAUCUCCAGCCCCUCCACAGUCACCAGGCCUAUCUGAGUCUGUAAAAAAGAAUGUCCUCGAAGUUCAAGUUGGCAUUAGAACUGACUGGCGCAGGCACGUGAAGGUUUUCUUGAAGGCUGUAGUGCGUCGUCCAGGUUCGGGUUCAGCUGAAGUUAUUGUGGGGAAAGGCAACUAUAUUCCUGCCGCGCCGAUCGCCCACACUGCUACUCCCAUCACCACUGAUCCAGAACCAUCGUCGUCUACACUACCCGCACCCGCUACCCAAGUCGUUGCGUCCCUACCAAGUCUCGUACCAUCAUCCACCAGCAUUAACACCGUCACCGCAUCCCCGUAUCCUGCUGCAGAACUGUCAUCCAUUCAAAGUUCUGUGCAGCCAUUGACCACUAUUGAGAUCGAUACUGCGCCGCCCCCAUAUUCAUCCAUUCCCGUGCAGCCAUCCACCAGCAAUGAGUCUGACACUGCACCACCCCCGUAUUCCGCCACUCAAAAUGUCGCAUCUCAGUUACUCAUUCCGAAUCCCGCACCGGUGUUUACAGCCACCAACUCUGUACCGUCGACGCAUCCUGCUGCUCAGGGCAUCACGGCUCAGUCAUUCGUUCUGACUAAUGUUCCCGUCAACAUCCGCCGCCGUGGCACAUAUUUCCCUCCUGGCUCGGGAGGGAGGAGGACCGGAAACUGGGACAGUUUCUUUCUUGGCAAGUCAGCCCUGCAAAAAAAUGAGGCAGCAAUUCUCAUUUUGGUGGUAGCUGUCGAUGCUGCUGUCAAUACCGGCAAGUCGGCACGCAUAUGCCAAAUUAAGUCUUUAUUAAAGCUCCCAGUACCUUUCAGCGCGGACCCCAAAGAAAUGCUUCCUAAAUUUCGCAGCAUUAGACUAUACGGUAAACGGCGCAAGCAGAGUCUUCUUACACAAGAUCCAGUAGUUCUGGGACACCAAACACCCAGAAUCAUGAUUGAAAACCCCACUGCAGCAGUGAACAAGAAAGCACAGAAAUAUAGGGAUGACGAAGUUUAA